UGGGCGAGGUGGAGCCGGAUGUGACGUCAUCUCCUCUGUGUACACCAGCUGAUCGCAGCAGGAGCAGGACCGUCAUUAUUAUCGUUAUUUGUAGAGAAUAUCUGGGAGCGCUCAGGGUCUGGCUCUCUCUCUGCGCUCGCGUUCAGCGGGAAACAGCAGCGCGUGCAGCUGACACCGAGCCUCGCGAGGCCUGUUUGUUUUUGUUCAUACAUCACCAAGGCCUACCUGCGAUGCUAAGCUAAUUAGAUAGCACGAUUCAUGGAAGUGAACCGCUGAUAAACGAAGCGAACGGCCAGGGAAUAUCUUCCCAGCCGCCCUCGAGCUAACGAUGGAUGUGUGAUGAACGUACAGAUAUCGAUUAUUGAGCUAAUAUCGGUCGUCAAUGGCUAGAGAGUGAUCGGAAGGUGGCCACAGACAGCCUCUGAAAGACGAACACAGGUACCUGGUGGCAGCAGCGCUCUCGUCUAGCAGAAGAUGUGGCUCAAACUGUUCUUUCUGCUGCUGUAUUUCAUGGUGCUGUUCACGCUGGCGAGGAUCUUUGAGGCAGUGGUCUGGUAUGAGACCGGAAUGUUCGCCACCCAGCUGGUGGACCCAGUUACGCUCAGUUAUAAGAAGUUGAAGACCAUCCUGGAGUGUCGGGGGCUGGGGUACUCCGGACUGGCUGAAAAGAAGGAUGUGAGCGAGCUGGUAGAGAGAUCAGGUAAAGGUCAGGGCUGGGGGUGUUUGCACCGUAAUCAUCUGCACAUCAGCACACAGUGAUGAGUCAUGGUUCAGUCAAUAGGAGCAAACACUGAUACUUAAUGGUGGGCCACUGCUCAUAGUCCUUAAAGGUCUCUACAGAAACCUCAGAUAUAUGUUUGGGGUCACUGGGGUCAAACCGUGUCCUAAU